UAACAUUUCUGUCUGAAAAAUGAAUGAGUAAGACGUUGGUAAUGGUUAGGGGGCUUGUUCAUUAAGAAAAGGCUUUUAUUAAACUGUGCAUACCACGCCGAUAAGAUACGCAGGUAAGACAAUUACAAUGAUGACGGAGAAAGAAGAUGAAGAGAGAAAAUUGGAAGAAAAGUUGAAAGAAUUGGAAGAUGAUUCUGGGUUCAACCAACCAAUGGAGACGGGGGCGAUCAUUCCAGAUCCAGAGAAAAAUAACAAGAAGAAUCUUGUCUUUGACGAGGAACGCUUCGAAGACACCUUCUUGAAAUGCUUGAUAUGUAGGGAAACGUUUGACGAGGAUGAAAAGAUACCCAAAAUGCUACCUUGUCACCAUACAUUUUGCCUGGACUGUCUGAAGCAGAUGUUCCGUGUGGAGGGCGAGUUUCGGCGUAAUCUCACGUCAGCGUUUCGUAGUAUGCCCGUGGCGGUUAAAAUUUCUUGCCCAACUUGUCGCGAGGGGCUGAUUGCGUCAGAAGCCGAAAUUUUACGGUUACCAAACGACCAUACAGUGAGGGAAUUAAUAGCGUUUGUCAGAUGUACGGGGAAGACUGAUGUAGCUUUCUGCAAGAAACACCAAAUGCAACCUCUGAAUUUCUUCUGCGAGCCCUGUAUUGCCCCUGUGUGUCGAGACUGUACAGUGAUUGACCAUAAAGAGAAAAAUGGACACGUUGUCAUGAAUGUUGAAGAAGCCCUUUAUAAGUACGUACCUGUUCUAGAUGAAACAUUGACAGAGAUGGAAAGCGAAGAGAAAGUCUUGCAUGACAAACGAAUGGCUUUGGAGAAGGCCUCGGACAACUUGGAGCAGAUUCAAAAGGAGCUAGGAGUACAGAUCAGGCAGACGUUUGAUCGAAUUCGUGACGCAAUUGAUGAACGUGAAAGAGAACUUUACUCGGCAGCAGAGCACGAGAUCGAUAAAAAGCGACAGGAGAUUUCUGAUCAGUUAGAACUUGCUUUAAAUCGUGAGGAAACUUUCAAAUCUGAGAGGCUGAAGUUGCAGAAUGCCAAAGAUAACAAAAACAUUUCCGCGAUGUUUUCAAACCAUCAGUCAGCACGUGAAGCUCUGAUGGAGAAAGUCACAGUGCAAGGUCCUUCUCGGUCAAUUCGAGACUUUGCCGUGAGUUUUCAGUUUAACAGCCGACAGGAAAACAACAUAAGGCAUUACAUAUCUAACUUUGGUGACGUCACUUUUAAAAAUGCAUGCUUCGAUCAGUAUACCCUGUAUCAGUCCUUGACCAUUAUCAUUAAAGAGUCUUUUGGUCCUCGGGCUAAUAGAGUGUGUUUAAUAAACGGAAGUGACAUCAUCACAAUCAUGGCGUCUGCUAUAGCAGAAUCCUCCAAGGUUGUCUCGCCAAUACGAAAAAGAACGGCAUCUGAAGAAGCCACGUUGCAGUCUUUACGGACAGAGUUUGACUUUGAACAGAAGAGGAAACUGUUGAAGGACCAACGGAACAUUAUCGUUGAUGAAGACAGUUUCAUAGAGACAUUCCUUAAAUGUCUUAUCUGUCGAGAGCUGUAUGACGAUAUAGAACGUCCUCCAAAACUCUUACACUGCCAUCAUUCCCUUUGUCUUCAAUGCAUUCUUCUUAUUUUUCAAAAAGAGGCUGAGUACCGGAAGAGCCUCACUCCUGCAUACAGUGAACUUCCAACUGCCGUAACUAUCAUUUGUCCCACGUGUCGUACUAAUUUCAUCAUCACCCAGGACGGGAUAAGGGAACUACCAACUGACCAUAGGGUCAUUCAGCUUAUCGAUUUUAUCAGCCAUACUGAAAGAUACACAACUGAUUUCUGCCCACAACACAGAUUUCAACCUAUCAAUUUCUUUUGUGAACUUUGUAGUACGUACAUUUGUCGAGACUGUACUAUUGUAGAUCACCAGGAGGCUCUUGGACACACUGUAGUAGAUUUUGAAAGUGCGAUAAAGAAAUAUAUUCCAGUUCUUGAUAAAGCAAUAAAAGAAAUGGAUUCAGAAAAAGAAGCAAUCAAGAAGAAACAGAAGGCUGUGGAGGAUACGAUAGAAAAUCUCGACAAGGAAGAGAACAGGGUGUCUGAUGAAAUCAAAGAAUCCUUUGCAAAACUUAGAAAGAUUUUGGAGGAAAGAGAACAAGAGGUUCUCCAAAUGGCAAAAAGAGAGGUAGGAAACGAGAAAAAUAAAUUGAAAGAGAAACUUUCUGAAAUGGAGAAACGAACUGAAGAGUUGGAUCAAAAUAUUAAUGACAUACAACAAACAAAAGAAGAAGGGAAACUGGAAAACCUAUACAAAUCAUAUCGAACAUAUUCUGGGUACAGGUCCGAACCCGUCAUCAAAGUCAAGGAGGUCGACGAAGGAGUGGUGGCCAAGUUUUCCUUCAGUAGCAGAGACGAGAAUAUAAUCUCCAACAAGCUCCAGAACUACGGUGACGUCUCGUCCUAUACAGAGUCGGUAUACACACGGUCCACUCCAGGUGGUACUAAUAGAUCCGCCCUGUCCGAGGAUCGUUACGGGAGUUCCAGGUACUCCACGCUCAAUGAGAGCAGGUACUCGUCAGGAGCAUCGUCAUCAUCGUCAGCCUACACAUCACGUUAUUCCUCUCCCUACAACAGGUACUCCUACAGAACAUAAACCUCAGGAAAUUUCCAUUACGUGGAAGUUAAUGUUUACAUCCAGUAUGCAUUUAUAAUAUUAUCGCUGAUUAACAUUUUCUCUAUAAAUCAUGAAUAUUUUCUAAAUAUUGAAUUGAUUGUAAUACAUAUAGCAUAUUGGUUAUGGAGAUUUACUUUAUGCUGUUAUAACUGCCUUUAAUAAUUUUACGUGCCACACUUUUACUAUGCCAAUGUUAUACAUGUUCAUUAUAUUGAUAUUACAUGUAAUUGUAGCUGCUUGAUAUUUAAGCAUAAUAAAUUUUAAUAUAUA